AUGAGCAAAACUCCGGCCGAUCUCAGGCAAAAUACGAGCAGCAGCAAUGGAAUCACAAUCACAUAUGCUGGACCAGAAGCAUUGAUAGAAUCAGGUCCAUUUGGUACUCUGUUAAACACUUUCUCAUCACAAUUACCUUUGAGAAAUCUUCAUUGGAAAUCUUCAACUUGGUCACCUGCUCCCCAACAAAAUACAUCGUACUCGGCAAAUGCUUCUAUUCGAACGAUACAAACCCUACCUGCUCGUUUGAAACCUUUCUCAGAUACAGUCUUGCUGACCAAACUCAAGCCAGAAACUCGUCACUUGGUACAAAAGAGUCUUUUGGAAAGACCCUUUUGUCACUUAUACUUCCUUAUCGAUGGCGAUAAUGAUGCAUAUCGAACGCAUAUACGAAAUGAUAUACGAACAUGGCUAAAUACAAUUCAAAGUACACCAACAUUGAGUGCUGCUACCAUCACAGCAAGGAGCGUACAACAACAAAGCGCUGAUCCUGUAUCAAAAGCAGCAGCUGGUGCAGGCACCUCGACGCCACGAGCCGGAACUCCACCUAUACGUCCUGAUACACCUAACAGAAAUAGUCAAUCAGAUGAUAUACAAACUCCAACCAACACCUCUUCAAGCAAAGAGAAAGGUGUGCCGCCAUCUCCGGAAUAUCUGAUCGUUGUCAUCAGCCCACCAGAUGGAAGUGCGCUAGCCCCUUCUUCCCUAUCGCUAUCAAGAUCUGCUUCGCCUUUGCCCAGUGGUCCCAGCACGCCGAAUGAGUCGAGCGAUAAACCAGCGCCUGCAAAGACGGGAUUGGGACGAUUUUACAGUAGUAGCAGCAAUUCCAAUUCAAACACUACUACGAUCAAAGGCAGUGUUAUUGACAAAGUCAGAGCCGAUUUCAAUACGUCGAGAAAGGAAAGGGUGGUACAUUUGACUCGUUUGCCUAAUUUAGCCCAAUCAAGUUCAAGCUUGCGUAAUCACUUUGAUCCAACAAUCUUUGCAGAUCUUCUAACGAGAAUCAAAGAUAGUGUCACAAACACAUUUGACGCCGUUGUGGGCUUUCAAGAUGAGGCUGUACGCAGUGAAUUCAGCAAGAAAGAUGUGCCUGGUUGGAAUUAUAACAAGUGGAUGGCAGGGAUGGAGUGUUUGGCUUCUACAUUCGAAGCAGCUGGUUUGUUCGGCGAGGCUUUGAGUCAAUAUGAAGAGAUUCAUUCGGUAUUUUUGCAAUCUUUAACGGAAGGGAAGUUGCCAUUCUUUACUUCAGUGGGAGGUACAACCGCGGGAGAUGAUUCGGCACCGCUUCUAGAUAUCGACAAGAAGGAUUACCGCGAUCUGAUCUUGCGUAACGAGAUAAGCCUAUUUGACUUUCGCUGUUACCUUUUCGCAAAGAGAGCCGCUCUACUAGGCAAAACUGGGCGUAUUUCACAGGUAAUGUCAGAAACGCCAUUCUUUUUACAAAGUGUUGCGAAGAUGAUGCAAGACGAAACGCUUCCAGCACAUUUCAUUGAAAGUUGGACGUUUUCAUCAUCGAUUGAUGUUGUGGAACAAUGUCAAGCUUGGCUAAUCGAACGAGGAGAUAUACUGACGGAGAGAAUUGCUGAUUCGCAAUUGAGCGCUUCUUUCCAUGGUGCAAAAGCUGAAUUGCUUGACCUCGCUCGAAAACAAUUGGAUCGGAUAGGUAUCUCUGUUGGACAUCUACCGAAUGCAGCACCGUUCUCGCUAUCUUUGCCAAAGCAAAGCGAUAAAGCGAAGGGUGAUUUGACACAGUCUUCAAACAAAGAUGGUGCUAGUACAAGCAUGGAAAAGAUCACGAGACAGGAAAUUGUAGAUGCUCUAGCCAGCAAGGAGGUAUUCGAUCUACGAUAUACCACUCUGACAGAACGUGCAUUAGCUGGUUGGAUCAGCAGCGGUCGAAAACGGAAUGUGUUGAGAUUGCGUAGUGCAUUGGCAAAUUUACACUUUUUCCGCGGUCGUUAUAAAGAAGCACUCGAUGGAUUCACUUCGCUCACAGAACCAUAUGCCGAUGGAAAGUGGAAGCAAAUCGAAACAAUCCAACUUGCAAGGAUAUUAGAGUGUUACGAGCGACUGGGCAAGCCUUAUGAUAAAACAUGGACAAGCAUCGUGAUCGCGAUCCUGAGGAUGCAACAUGAAUGGACCACAGAUGAAUCUGAGACCCAGAUGGAUCCAUCGACUAAAUGGUUGGAUGAGUCGUACCUUUAUAAAAUGCUACGAUCAAAGACAAGCGCAAAUGAGGAUGAAUUGCCAAUCAGUAAAUUUGAGCCUCUUCAAAUCAAAAUUCAAGGUGAUGCAAAACGUAUUGAAGGCACUUCUAGGGGUGACGGGCUCAUCAUCGAAGCCGUUAUUGAAAGCAAAGCAAAGCAUACGAUAGAUGUUGAUGAUAUUCGCGUAUGCAUAACGAGCGGUGAAAAUGGCGAUUUAUGGUUCACGAGUGGACCUACGUCAAUUCAAGCAGGUGACCACAUCCAUCAACUUCAUUGUAUGACCAAUGGCGUUUCUGGUAAAUACAUAUUGGACGUAUCUCAAAUCAGGCUUGGUAAACUUAUAUUUCAAUAUGUCCACCGGCAAGAUGUCAACUUCCGUUCGAGCGACAAUCUCUUUCGAUCCCAAUCCGCAUUCAUCACUGUUCCGGAGGAUAGUGAUGCAUUAGACGUCACGUUGGACUGGGCACCACAUGUGUUCUUGGACAGAAGUCGAACAGGAGUCUUGACAAUCUACACUGGUCGAAACGAAGUUGCUGAAUUGGAUGUACGAGUAAAAUUGACAAGCAGUGAUGUUGAGACAAGAGGAUUGGCUGAAAGCAUCUUCCAUCCUCCUUCAAAAUCUAAAGCCAAAAUGACAGCAUCGGACGAGAAGCUCAAACUGACAGAUCUGUCGGCACAAUCUAUCAAUGUGCUGUUGAUACCUUUUCACGAGAUUAAUGGAUUGGCAGACGGUAUGUUGUUGGUUUCUAUAGAGAUUCAAUUCUGGGCAAAAGGAACGACGGUGGAACCCGAAACGGCAAGAUUGGUUCAGCGAGAGGUCAAAUUACCACUUGGUCUGCCACUCGGUGUGAAUGUUCAAGACUUUUUCCGACACGACCGUUUAUUGAGCAAGUUUUUGAUCAGUGCAGGUGCCUCAGGUCCGUUAGUGUUGGGCGACGUUGCAUUAUGGUCAGAGGUCCCGCCAGGUAAAGCCGCAUUCACAAUCGAAACACCACAACAGGAGAACGGCUGUACAGUGACUUUAUCUGAGCCUGCUUCAUUCGUGUUUGCCAUUCGUAAGAACGACGGCAUGAAAAGGGACAAUACUCCCUUGCGAUUGACUUUGGUGUAUCGAACUGCGCAAGAAGAGGCAUUCUUUUAUCUUUCUCAAGCGCUGGAACAAAUUGCCAAAGCUGACAAGUUCAUCACAGACAGCUUCAAAAAGUGCUUUACCCGUGCCCUUUGGAAGAUUGCAGAAGCCGACCUUGAGAAAUCUCACUUGCGCUUACGGUCUCCUAAUAAAACAGCAUGGUCCAAGAUUUGCAAACGGUGGUGUGGUGUAAGAAGCAGUGAUGAUUUGAAACGAUUGAUGGACAUUGUUGAAAAGAUUUAUAAUGCGGAAUUUGAAAUUGCGGAAAUGCAAGCCGGUAGGAAACCAUGGAGAAAGCUAUCUUUGCCUGUCGAUGUUCCUAUCAUGACGAUGGUGAAUGCGGUCACUUUCAAUUUGCAUGAUAAAGACGUUCGUGUUGGGGUUCCGGUAGAAGUUUCAAUAGACAUUGCAACUACCUUUGCUUGG